UAGGGCAUCACCUCAAACUCCCAUGACAACAAGAUGAGACAACUCAAGGAACAUGGUCGGGUUCUUGGCAGGAUUCAUCCUGGGUUCUAUGACAUCAGGAAGAGAUUGAAGGAAGAUCUUGAGAGAAUGUUGGCUGAGAGACGAUGAGGAGUCCAGAAGAUGAAGGCCGGUAAACGUCUCAAGUCAACUCUCUCAUCCGUCCUGGAGCCUUGCUUCAUUGACCAACCGCCUCGCCCAGACCGGUCACCAUGGCAACUGAACAGCCUCAGGCCCCGCCUCCAUCAGCCAUUGGUCAAGAUCGUUGCUUACCAAUUCCAAUCAGCAAUGAGCGUAGUCGAGGGCAAUGCAAGACACCUGUCAGCUUUGUUGUUGUACCUGUCAGUGAUCUGGGUUACCCUGUUGGUUCACCAGGGAGUAGCAUCUGGGCUUAUACACCAGGAAGCAGUGGUGACUGGAUCCCAAGUAGCAACUUAGAGGACAUACCAGGCACAGCAGCUAACAGGAUGCCUAACUUCUCCCAUCAAGACACUGUCAAGAGAGGAUGGCUUCCAAAUGAACAAACACCUGUCAGCCGGUUUGGUGAGCAACAUGAGCCAAUGUCUGGCAUGCAUCAUAACAUGGCCAUGGGAGAUGGGGGAGGGGUGACAGCUCAUGGAAUGGCAGGAACGGUCUGGAACCCUGUAGCCACCAUGCAACUUCAUGGCACCAAUCCAAAGGUGUGAGGAGCAUCACAGAGCCAGCUGGUCGUGUGACAUAAGGACACCUCUCCAUCUAUUCCUAUAGAGGGCGCUGUUCGUCACAGAGGCAGCAUCCACAAGAGAUAGUUAAGUUAAUUAAUUUUUCUUCAAUGGCCAGUAGCCAUAGAGGGCGCCAUAAUGCUAUCUGGUUUGUUCACAGACAAAUAAAGCAUAUACCGCCAGUCAUGCGCUUGAAACUGUGAUGUCAUAAAGUAUGGGCAAAACGUUUCUUGACAGCGCGCAUAACUGCACGAUGUGCGUUCAAUGCGCCAACGCGCUUAGCACGGUACAUACAUUGAAAUACAGUAAAUUUUGGUAAAAAUUUGUGAAAAGUUGUAUGAAAAUAUUGGAUACCGUAUUGUUUUUAAUCUCGGAUAUCGUAUUUUAGUUCACAAGGGAUUUGUUAACAAUCAGAAACUAACUUCCCAAUUUUUUUUACAUGUUUGAUUUGAAUUCUUCAACCGUGUGUAAAAUCCCUAUUCAUAGAGGUGAAUUUCCCAAUAGUUUUGAUUUUAGUCAGGUGCUAGGCAAAUCACGAAAUGCUCAUGUAGUUUUGAAUAGGACCUGGCGGUCUAUGCAUUUAUAUGUCUGUGGGUUUGUUGCCUUACCUGCCUAAAAAAAAUGCUGACGGCAUAAUUCAGAGAAAAGAAUGAAAACGAAAUAAUUAAGCCUUGGAAUAAAAAAAAUUGUAUCAAUUCUGUGAAAUUGAAGAUGAUUGUAAACUGCGAGUAGUUUGUAUUUAACUUUAUUUAUGUUAGGCCA